AUGGUGUCUCUCAGUCAAGAUCAUCUUGAUCAUUUGAACAAAACCCUCGCUCAACUUCCCGCCGAAGAGGUGUUGGCUUGGGCCGCGCUCACAUUCCCUGGUUUGUUCCAGACAACUGCAUUUGGUCUUACCGGUUUGGUCAUCUUGGACAUGAUGUCUAAAAAAAAUAUCCCAGUAGACUUAAUAUUCAUCGACACAUUGCACCAUUUCCCGCAAACAUAUGAUUUGAUCAACAACAUCAAGUCCAAAUACAACCCCAACUUGCACAUCUACACUCCACAGAACUUGAUUAGUGAGCAAGACUUCGCCACCAAGCACGGAGACCAAUUGUGGGAAAAAGACGAUAACCUCUAUGACUAUCUUGUCAAGGUAGAACCUGCCCAGCGUGCUUACAAGGAGUUGGGUGUCAAGGUUGUGUUGACAGGCCGUAGAAAGUCUCAGGGUGGUGCCAGAGCAGCUCUUCCAGUAAUCGAAAUCGAAGAAAGCACCGGAAUCAUAAAAAUCAAUCCAUUGUGGGACUGGGAUUUUGCCAGGAUUCAGAAAUAUGUCAAGGAUAACGAUGUGCCAUACAAUGAACUUCUAGACUUGGGAUACAAGUCCAUUGGAGACUGGCACUCCACUGUUCCUGUGGCCGAGGGUGAGGACGAGAGAUCAGGCAGAUGGAAGGGCAAAGCCAAGACUGAGUGCGGAAUCCACGAAACGUCUCGCUUUGCUCAGUACUUGCAAGCUACCGCGCCUUAG